AUGAAGCCGUACUCUCUGUUGUUGCUUCCUGAUGAUUGUUCUGCUGUAAAAUAUUCGUACUCCUUCUUGGUUGAGGGAAAAGAAGAUGAAGCAAUUUCCUUGCUGUCUCCUCCAAAAGAUUCUGACUCAGGAGAAGCACAUUCUGAAAAGUCAAAUAGAUGGUGGGUUGAUAUAAGAAUAAAGCUGAAGCUCUGCAACAUUUAUUGGAAUAGAGGGACACUUGGUGAUUUUGUGGAAAUAAUUUUCCCUUUGAUUCGUGAAUCAUUAUAUGUUGCAACUCUUCGACAGAAGAUUGUUAACAUUUUUUGGAUGAGGCUGGCAAUUCCACAACCCAAAACAACAACAAAGUAUGUUCGAUCUUGCAAUUCGUGGAUUAAGAACAACUAUUAG